AUGAGUGAGCAAUCCUUUACUUACUUCUCAGAUGGAGUUCUUGCUGAAUUUCAUGGAAGUGGUAUGGAAUAUUUGAUGGAACUGUUGGAAGCUUAUGAUGAAACUGAUAUUGAAAGUGAAAAUACCGUUGCCCAAUUAUUUACAGAAUUAUUACUUACAUUGGAAGAGAAUAAAGUAGAGUUAGAUGAUAUAGUUGAAUUUUUAGUUCAAUCAAUUAAAAGUGAUGAUAUUGCUAGAAUUUUUUGUCAAGUAUUAAAUGCUUUCCCACCUACAGUUAAUUUAAGACAAUUAUUAUUAUUGAUUAGUAGAAAAGAAAAUGUUUUGAAACCAGAAACAAUUGCAUUAUAUAUAAAUACGGAUUUCCUUAAAGAACUGGAAAUUGUACCUAAAGCAAUAUUAACUAAAAGUUUAAACAGUAGAAUAAGAGAUGAAUUCUAUACCCAAAAGAAGUUCAAUUUAUUGCAUGAAGAAACUGAAGGUUAUUCUAAAUUUGUUGUGGAAUUAUAUACAAUAUUUACUUCAGAUUCAACUGAUUUCCAACUCGAAUAUACACUUCAAGUGAUUGAAAAAUUGAUUGGACAUUAUAAUUUGGACCCAAAUAGAUGUCUUGAUUUACUUUUGGAACUAUAUUCGAUAGUGAUUGUUUCAAGACCUUCAUUCGCAUUGAAAUUAUUAAGAAGAUCAAGAUGGUGGCCAACUAUUGAAAGUGAUAAUUCUUCUUUCUCAACCUUGUCUUAUGGUGGAAAUGAAGUGGCGGCAAAAAUAUUGGGAUUAAAAAUCAUGCGUUAUCCUUCUGAAAAAGACUUACCUGAGACAUUUAAGCUUCUAGUAGCUUGCUUGAUAAAAGAAGGUUUCAUUAGUUUUGGAUCACUUUAUAAAUACAUAUCACCGGAUGAUGAAAAAAUGAGUAAGUUAGAGAAAGAAUACCAAAAGAAAUUAGAAGAGGAAGUAUUGAAAGCAGGAGCCAAUGCACUUGCAUUAGCAGCACCUUUAGCAGAAGAAGAAGAUGAAGAUGGAAAAGGGGAUAGCAAAACAAAUAAAGGUAAAAACGCAACUGAAAAGAUCGAACCCAAAUCUUUGGAACAGUUAUUACAUUUGAACUUUAAAUUCCAGUUUUUGCGAGUGUUCCUAAGUAAUGGUCUCUAUUGGCCAUCAAUAUUUAUCCUUACAAAAUAUCCAUUUUUAGCACAAAUAGAUGAAGAAAUCCCAAUCUUGAUAAACAGACUUUUUGAAGCCAUGAUUGAUCCCUUAUUUAAGAAUAUUCAGAUUUUUUCACAAGAUGAAUUGAGUGAGUUGCAAGAGCCACUAAAAGCAACAUUUUCAAGACCUCACAAUGGUGUCUAUUAUGAAGAUUUUCCAAGUUCAGAGUUUCUUUCUUUCAAGGCAACUAUUAAAGACUUUGCUUUUAAAAAGUUUAAAUAUUUUUAUGAAGCUUGGUCAGACAAGCUUCCGGUAAUAAAUUCAAUAGAUAGUUUUAUUGAUGUAUCAAAAGAAUUUCUCAAGUUUUCAGGUGUUAAUUUAGCCAAGAAUGUGGAAUUAUUCAUUAAAGUUUGUGAAAUUGUUCAUAACGAUUUAGAGAAGAAUUUAGAAGAUGAAGAAAUUAGAUUGCGUUGGUUCCACUAUUUUAGAAAUUUCAUUUUUCCUGCAAUGCCCUUAAUUGAGGAGAAUUCAAUAGCAAUAGAUAAAGCAUAUGCGAUUUUGGCGAUGUAUCCACUUGAAGAUAGAUUUAGUGUAUACGGUGAAAUGUAUUCCGUCCUAGCCAAAAAUAAUCCAUUGAUAAAAAUGGCUUAUAAUAGAGCAGAGAAAUCAACAAAGGAUGUUUUAAAGAGAUUAUCUAAGGAAAACGUUCGUCCAAUGAUGAGAAGAUUGGCCAAAAUUAGUUUCUCAAACCCAUUACCUUGUUUAUUAACCAUUUUACAACAAAUUGAAAGUUAUGACAAUUUGAAUACUUUAGUAGUGGAAACUGCUAGAUAUUUUAAUAGUUAUGGAUGGGACAAUUUAACCGUUGCUAUUUUAAUGAGAUUGACCGCGAAAGGAAGAAGUGCUACUCAAGAUGAUGGUAUGGUUGAAAGACAAUGGAUCCAAUCAUUAGCUUCAUUUAUCGGUAAAAUUUGUCAAAGAUACCCCAAGGCAAUCGACAUUCAAACAAUAUUGUCAUUUUUAUUGAAAUCUUUCCAUGCGAAGGAGAGCAUUGGAAUAUCAGUAUUGAAAGAAAUGCUUAUAUCAAUGGGAGGUAUUCAGACAAUAACGAAUUUAACAUUACAUCAAAUUGAUAUGAUUAAUUGUGGAUCAUCCUUGCAAAGAAUUAUCUAUCGUACAAUCAAUGAUUUGAGAUUUGAAAGAACAACUUCAGGAAAACAUCUUGUUAAAUGCUUUAUUGAAUUAGAUGCAAUAAAUGAGCUUUUGGUUUUGCUUUGUCAAUUUUCCAGUAAUUUAAUUUACAAUACUGAACAGACACACUUGAAAGUGUUGGCUAGUAGGAGUGAUGAUUUGAAUGCUGUCAUUAAGUUAUUUGUUACACUUGUUAGUUGUUUUGGAGAUGUCGAUGAAUUCGAAAAUAUGUUGUUACCAAUUGAUGAAUUAUAUUUACAAUACAAAGUACCUAUAGAAUGGGCGUUUGAACUCUGGAGACCAAUUAUUACCGACUCAUUAUUGAAUAAUAAAGAAUCUUUGGAUAAUUUGGUGGAAACUUUUAAACAACAAAUUCCACAUAUUGUUCAACAUAAUGUUCUUGAUUUCUUAUCUGAAGAUUUAAUUGUUUCAUUCUGGUUAUUAUCAUUGAAAGAUAUUAAUUAUUCCAAGUCACUUUAUGAAUCAGAAAUCGCAAAACUUGAAGUUGGAAAUAAAGGAUUGAAAAAUUCUAUUUCUAUUAAUGUUAGGGAUAAAGAUAUUCCAAGGGCCACCAUCGAAAGACAGAGAAGGGAAUUAGCUGAAAAUGAAGAAUAUUUGAAAAUUUUACCAAAAGACAAUGAAUCACAUGCCAACCAUAAUAAUUUAAUAACGUCAAGGUUAGAAGCACAAUCAUCCAAUUGGUUUUUGGCUGAAGAAUCUGAAAGUCAAAAGAUUCAAAUUCAAAACUUCCUUCAAUGUUGUGUAUUACCAAGAAGUAUUCAUUCAUCAUUUGAUGCAGUAUUUUCUGCUCGUUUUAUUUUUAGAUUACAUUCCUUGAAAGCAAAUAACUAUUCAUUAAUUGGUUUGUUAGAUGAAUUAAUUAAGAAUAAGAUUUUGUUUGGUACUUUGUUCACUUUAAGUCCAAUUGAAGCUGAGAAUUUAGGUUUAUUUUUUUCGGAUAUUUUGAGAACAUUACAAGGAUGGACAAAUCAAUCAAGCUUUGAAGAAGCUGGGUCAAUAAUGGAUUUAGAAGGUAAUAUCAUAGGAUUUGAUGAAUAUAGAAAACUUCUUUUCGAAUAUCAUUCCAUAAUCUUGGAAGAAAUUGAAACUGCUUUAGGUGUUACCGAAUACAUGGCCCGUGGUAAUGCAAUCACGUUUUUGAAGAACUUAUUAGGUGUCUAUCCAACAGUUGAAGACCAUUGUGAAAGAGUCGUGGAAUUGCUUGAAAAGAUAGCCGCAAUUGAAAAGAGAGAAGACUUGAAAUUAGCAUCCGGUGCAUUAGUAGGACAUGUCAAAUCAAGAUCCAAAGAAUGGGUCCACGUCUGGGACUUUAUUCCAAUGGGUGAUGAAGAGAAGAAUGAAUUGGUAAAAGCGCAACAAGAAAAGAAGAGAAAAGCUUUAGAAAAGAAGUUACAAGCAAAGAAGAAAAUACAAGAAAAGAAGGCAGAAGAGGAAAGAUUGGCUAAGGAACGUGAGAAGGAAGAGGAAAUCAAGAAGAGAAAGGUUCUCAAUUAUGAUUCUCAAAAAGCUGCUCCAAGACCAGAUUCAAGAGGUCUGACUGCAACUAGUUCAAGAGGUAAAUAUGAUAACUACUCGAGGUAUGCUCCAACUCCAAGAGAAAUGAGUGUUGAAUCCGAAAGAGAAGACGAUGUAAAUUCCAAAGGACAGACGAAUAGUCAAAGAAAAGGCAAACCGACUAAUAAGUUUGACAGAGCCAACAAGAAUGAAGCUUCCAACGAAACCAAAACAGAAGAAAAAUCCAAAGGAAUAGAAAACAGAAAAGAUACCGCUACUAAAGGAGAAAGCAAAAAGGAAAACGAGGCAAUUGCACCAAGACCUCCUUUCCAAGGUGGAAGAAGAGAUUUCCAAAGAUCGAGUGGAUCCACAAGUCGUCCAACAGAACCUCUGACAAUUUCACAUCCACCCACAAAACCAAAAGAGGACGAAGAAAAAGAGAAAGGGAAAGAGAAAGAGAAAGAGAAAGAGAAAGAGAAAGAGAAAGAGAAAGAGGAAGCGAAAGACAACGAAAACGAGAAAGAACAAGAAAAACCAACCAAAUUAAAAUCAAGGCUAUCAUUAGUAAAGCGAGCAUUUGCAGAACAAUUUGCAAGCAAAGAGGUUUCUCCAGUUAAAUCCCCAAGCCAAGCGACUGACGAACUGGCCACCAAUCUUUCCACGCAACAGGAAAAAGAACCUGUAUCUGCAAUAAAGAGCAGAACCCCACUACCAAGUCAAAGUGAAGUACUUACAGGAAAAAGCCACAGUCAUGGAUCGAGCGUGGCAAAACGUGCUCCUCUAGGACCUCAAGAAACAGGAAGAUCUCAAAUGCAACCACAACGUCCAAGGAACACAAGGGCUCCAUACACCCCACAGGAUAAACCAUCACCUAGAUCAAGGACACCAUUACCACCUCCCGAACAACAACCUUUGAAUUCUAGAGCUCCUUUGCCACCUCAGCAAGUAUUGGUUCAUUCUGGUGGCUUCAACGACAGGCUGUCAACCCGAAUGCCAACCAGACCACAAUCAGGUUACAAUAGGACCAGUGCAUCGCAAGAAUCAAGUUACAAUAGAGCCAGUACUUCAUCUCAAGCCCCUCCUCCACCACCACCACCUCCGCCACCACCCCCUCCUGUUAGUCUCAAGAGAAAUGAUGGCUAUAACUCAAGUGGGUACAGAAAUGGAAGGGAUUCGUAUACGCGUAAUGAUGGAUAUCACAACAGGCCUGGCAGCAGAUAUGAUAACAAGAGAAAGCCGGAUAAUUUUGGUCCUGGUAGAGGACAUGAUAAGAAGGCUAGAUAUUAA